AAAUCCCCAACCCCAGACUUCCUCCACUCACCGACUUCAAUCUCUUGCACAAAUCUAUCCUUGAAGUGUUCAGCAAUGGCAGAAGCAGCCGUAAUAGCAGCCGUCUCUCCCAUUCUGAAACUCGUGAUCGACAAGCUGAAUUCUGGAUUUUGUGAAGAGUUGGGAUUGGCGCGGGGUGUCAACUCUGACAUCGGGAGGCUUGAGAGCGUCCUUACGACGAUCCACGACGUACUUGAUGAUGCCCAGAGAAGAUCCAUCGGCGACAAAGCUCUGACCGGUUGGCUGAGGAAGCUCAAGGAUGCAGCUUUCGAUGCCGACGACGUGGUGGAUGAGUUCCAGUACGAAGCACUGCGACGAAGGAACCAGAGACGUAACCAGCUGAUUGGAACGGUAAGUGACUUCGUUUCUCCUAACAACCAAAUUGCUUUCCGCCUUAAGAUGGCGCGCAAGAUAAAAAAGAUCCAUAAUAGAUUGAACCAUAUCGCGGAGGAGAGGUCAAAAUUCCAUCUGGCAGAGGGAACUACCCCAGGAAGGGCUCUCGAUCGAGAGACCUUCUCAAUUGUGAAUGAAUCCGAGGUUUAUGGACGAGAUGAAGACAAAGAGAAGAUCAUAAAUUUCUUGGUCAGUGCGGAUGAUGGUAGUGAUGUCUCGGUGCUUCCAAUAGUUGGAUUGGGCGGAGUUGGGAAGACCACACUUGCCCAGCUGGCUUAUAAUGAUCAGGGGAUAGAAGAGCACUUUGAUCUUAAGUUAUGGGUUUGUGUCUCAGUUGAUUUUAGCAUCGACAAAAUUAUAAAAGCGAUUAUUGAGUGUGCCACCGGGCAAAAGUGUGAUCUCUCAAAGUUGGAAGCUGCGCAGCGUCAGCUCCGAGAUAAACUGAGUGGGAGGAGAUUCUUGCUCGUUCUGGAUGAUAUCUGGAACGAGGAUGAAGCAGAGUGGGAGAGACUGAAGACCUUACUGACAGGUGGCAUGCAAGGAAGCAAGAUCAUAACCACAACAAGAAGCAAAGUAGUUGCCAGGAUAAUGGGUACGGUGGCACCACAUGAAUUGCAAGUCCUGACAUCCGCGGACUGCUGGACUCUGUUCAAGCAAAGAGCAUUUGGCCCAGAAAGGGAAGAAACUCCAAGGCUGGUCGAAAUUGGAAAGCAGAUCGUUGAAAAAUGCAGGGGAUUGCCUUUGGCUGCAAAGUCUCUUGGAAGUCUAAUGAGGUUCAAAACCGAGGAGGCGGAGUGGGUGCAUCUCAGAGAUAGCGAACUUUGGAGAUUGCCUCUAAACGAGAAUGGUGUCUUACCUGCACUACAAUUGAGUUAUGAUCAUUUGCCCUCUUAUUUGAAGCAGUGUUUCGCUUAUUGUUCCAUAUUUCCAAAAGAUUAUGAAAUUGAUAGGCAGAAACUGAUUCAGCUGUGGAUUGCUGAAGGUUUCAUUCAAACAUCAGAUGGUGACAUGCAUGAAGAGGAAGUUGGCAAGCAAUACUUCAAUAGGUUGUUGUGGAUAUCGUUUUUCCAGGACAUCAGGGAAGACGACUAUAAAAACAGAUGGGUAUGUAAGAUGCAUGACUUGGUCCAUGAUCUUGCAUGUUCUGUCGCAAGAGAUGAGUCCUCGAUCAUGCGAGAGGGCAUAACAAGAAGCAUUCCACAUGGAUGUCGUUAUUCAUCAAUUGAUUAUGUUGGACGCAUGUCGUCAACUGCAUUAAAGGCAGCUUUUGAAGCAAAGAAACUUAGAUCACUUAUUUUAUUGGACCAAAUUUAUACCCGGGGUAUUGCUGUUAAAGAAUUCAUCUUCCAUAUGAUGUCAUCGCUUACUUAUCUUCGUGCAUUGGAUCUACAUGGAGCUAACAUCAACGAGUUGCCUUGCAGUAUAAGUAGACUAAAACAUCUUAGGCUCCUUGAUUUGUCGGAAAAUAGUAUUGUAGCUUUACCUGGCUGGAUUACCAAUCUUCGCAACUUGCGUACUUUGAACCUUGCAAAAUGUGGGAGUCUUAAAAGUCUGCCAGAGGGAAUGAGCAAUAUGAGCAGUCUCAGACACCUAGACAUCCGCGGACGUGGAUUGAUUUGCAUGCCCCGUUGGUUCGGCCGAUUGACUAGCCUCCAAACAAUGACCAUGUUUGUCGUGGGCAAAGAGCAUGGACGUACUAUUUCCGAGUUAGAGCACCUAAAUUUGAUCGGUGGCGACCUAGAAAUCACGGAACUUCGAAAUGUGGAGGAUCCAAUGGAAGCCACGAAAGCAAACCUGGCAUCAAAGACAAACCUGCAUUCAUUGGGUCUGAUGUGGAAGAGGCCCUCAUAUAUGGAAAUCAGAGCAUCCCUUGUAGGAGACAUGGAGCAAGUAUUUGAAUUGACCGCAUCCCCUGUGGGAGACGUAGAGCAAGUAUUUGAGAGGCUUCAGCCUCACUCUAAUCUGAAGGCCCUACGGAUAUGGCACUAUCCAGGUGUCAAUUUCCCAACCUGGAUGACAAGAAUGGAGCUAGCAUCAUCACCGAUCCGCAAUCUAGUUAGGAUCAUACUGGGGGAUCUCAGGAGAUGCGAGCGUCUUCCAACGCUUGGUCAUCUACCUUUUCUUCAGAAAAUCGGUAUAAGUAUGAGGGCUGUAAAGAGAAUCGGAGUGGAGUUCUACGGUGAUGGAGGUAUAUUUCCCUCUCUACGAUCUCUCGAUAUGUCGGAUUUCCGUGAUUUGGAGGAAUGGUCUACAGAGGCAACGGCAACAAGACAACUAAUGACGGCAUUCCCUUGCCUUGAAUCUUUUACUCUAAUCAGAUGCCCCAAAUUGAGGGUAUUACCACAUAUCCCACCAUCAGUCGUGAAAGUUUCUAUCGACAGUGAUCGGCUACUAUCAGCAGUGAGAACCGGAGGAUCGUACAAACUGAGAGAUCUGACUAUCAUAAACUGUGAAGCACUAUUGUUGUCGUCCUGGUGGGAGUGGAUGCAGGACCUCACCGCACUUACUAGAUUGCAUAUUCAUGAAAAUAAGCUCAUGUGUUUGCCCGAGAGCAUUUUGCAGCUGCACGUGCCCUCCUGCUGGGAGUGGAUGCAAGACCUCACCGCACUUACCACGUUGAAUAUUCGUGACAAUAAGUUGAUGUGUCUGCCCGAGCGCAUUUUGCAACUGCGCGUGCCCUCCCUCAAAAUUUUUUGCUUGGAUUGCAAGAACUUGAAGUCCAUAUCGGGGGAAGAAAGGGAUAAGCAACAGCAGCCUCCCACCUUCUUCAUGACCAUCCAAGAGCUACAAAUAUAUUCCUCCAACGAAUUGACCGCUCUGCCAGAGUGGCUAGGGAGCCUCACUUCGCUCAGGUGUUUAAAACUUGAAAAUUGCAGCAAGCUAGCGAUGUUACCCGAUGGGCUACAACUUCGGGAACUGUUCACUGGCAACUGCCCCCAGCUGCGGACGCGAUACGAGUGGGAUAGAGGGGAGGACUGACCCAAGAUCGCUCAAUACCCCAAACAUUUACAUCGGGCCAGCCGAAGUGAAGAAGACGGAAGAAAAUAGCCAAAGAUCUAUUACUAGAUCAAUCAAAAAGUUAAAAUUAAUGAGUUGCACGGGCUGUGGCUGAUAUGGCAUCAGUACCAUCCGGUGAAAAUUUAUCUCUGUGCUAAUUGGAUGCUAUAGUACUUUGCUUUCUAAGAUUGGGGUUAAUUCAUAGCAAUGUGAUCAGCUGAUUCCUCAACCUUACAUAGUUCAACAGACUUGGCAAGCAUACUUAUAGCCAAAGAUCUAUCAGAAAGUUAAAAUUAAUGAGUUGCACGGGCUGUGGCUGAUAUGGCGUCAGUACCAUCCGGUGAAAAUUUAUUUCUGUGCUAAUUAGAUGCUAUAGCACUCUGCAAUCUAAGGCUGGGGUUAAUUCAUAGAAAUGCUGAUUCCUCAACCUCACAAAGUUCAACAGACUUAGCAAGCAUACUUAUCACCCUUUUAUGUUGGAAAUAUAACGCCGAGAGGAUGGAUGCAAGGACCAGCAUAUGAAUGCUCAAUCCAAUUGUUGCUACUUCAUGCUUAAUUUUCUAUCAAUAUUUGUAUUUUUCUGAACCAUGUCACUCAAGUGUUUAAUUUUCAAUUUACUUUAUCAUUGAUUAUAAAAAUAAUGUACAUAUAGAUCAUCUGAAUUGUACCAACAAGAGAAAAUUCUAAGACUUUCCUGGUUCUUAGUUCAUCCGCC